AUGUCAGACUAUUCUGUAUCUGAUAAUGAAGCUUUGGAAAAAGACGAUACCGAUACCAGGCCAUCCAGAAGCACCUCCGAAUCCCUCAGACUGGGUUCCUCGAGCUCCAAGAGCAAUAUCGCCCCAUACACCGUUCUGGACUACUAUGAGCUUACCCUCCCACUUAUAAAUGGUCGUUGCCUCCAGUCACUGAAUGUCCACUCCUUCCUCCGAACCUUGGUUGAUUUCCUGCUCCUACAUUCCUUCCAGCUAAAGGCGCUUCAGAAGCGUGAAAUUAAGCUUGCAGACUUGUCAUUACACACUUUUGGCAAUGACUUGCAGGGUCUACUAAUAAAGUCGGUUCUUCCGAAGACCACGCAAACACAGUAUACCGCUCGCCUCCGACACAAGCUUGUGGAAUUGUGCCCGAUUUUCAUUCUUGCCAUGUACAUGUUUGCCCGGUUCCAUGUCCCCGACACUUAUGGAGAAUACGAUCUCACCGAGGAACUGUUGCAACAUGAGCAAUUCCUAGACUACAAGCUUCUCAAUGGUGGCAACAAAUUGCGCCCCCUUUCCUACUCCCAGCAAUACAAAGCAUCCACAAAAAUUCUCAAGAUUAAUGACAAGUUCAAGCCAAUUCACUUGGGAAAAAUCCUCACGUCUCAGUAUAACACGGACCCAGAAUUGGGCCUUGUUUCUGAGAGCACCAUGAACCUCAAAUGCCUGAGCCACUCGAUCGACAACAUUCAAGUCGAGACUCUUUGCAACUUUGCCGGGUUCGAAAACGAGAAAUCCUACAGCAUCGAACGGGCGAAACGAGAGCCUCCCGCUUCAGUUGUCGAACAAAUCUUUCCGUUCCUUAACAAACACACAUAUGGCCAGAACGCUGAUUUCGACAAGUUAUUCCGUCUUCUAGACUAUAUCAGAAAGACACUUGUCCAGGACAUGGUGGAGGUGAAGAAGAGAUUUCCAGAGAAUCUUAUAUGCGAGCAUGCAAUAUUUUCUUCCCAGGAGUUUUGUGAUUUCGCUGGUAUUUCGAAGGAGCAAAACGACAACUUCACUCGCAAGUCAAUUGAAUCCACCCCCGAGUCAUCCUACGCGUCUUCACCUGAAUUGGCCGAGAAUGAUAUUCUCAAGGAUGGCGAGGUGCCCAAUUCCAUUCCUAAAAAACGUCAUGCGUCGAAUGACCACCCGUUUGAAGGAAGGAAACGGAUAAAGCAUCUCGAGAAAAUGGUCGGUCAGAUGCAAAAAUUACAAGAGUCGAUGGCGAGGGAGAUGGCGCAGUUUAUCGAGCAGCAGUCUGCUCAAAUAGACGAGCAAUCCAAUACUUUGAAGAAGCUCAUGAGCAGCACCGACGGCCUUUCCAUCCUUUUGGCCACAAGGAAUCCCAACACAACAGCAUACACCAAGCAAAUUCUUGACCAGAAUAAUGCUCAUUUAACUCAACUCAAUCGCCAACUUGCUCAAAGCAAUAGCGAUGGUCUCAGCAUUUCUCUGAAGUGGAACUCUCAGGUGCAACAAAUUGGGUUACAAUCGACCCAAUACCACGAAAAAUAUGGUGAAGCACGUAUGCGGGUACUAAUGUCCACGCCCGCUCCUGAGGUGGAAACCGUGGAUGAGGUCUUUAGCAACUUUGCCUUGUGGCACCGCUCCUUAGCCGAUCACAAUAUCUCAUUGGACGAAUGGGCGGCUGCUCAUAACGCAGACGACCGCUCCUUGCUUGAUACUAGAACAGCCCUUGUGAGGUUUUUGGAGACAGAAGCAGCCAAGCGCCAAGUUCCUAUUCAAGUCAUGAUUGGCAAGUUGCAGGCGAAGUUGCAAAAUCAGAAGUUGUCUAUGGUAUUGCCCGACAUGGGUAAACAAAUCCUCGCAGGUGGCACCAUCUUGCUCGACUGA